UUGAGGUUAGGAUCCACCUCUGGGUUGACAUUCCGACAAUCCAGAGGUGCGUUUAGAGCACUUGUGUGCGCUCGUGUGGAGUUCUCGACGCUUGUGAAUCAUUUGAGGUUUUGAGGAUAUGCAAUCGAUUUGUGAUUAUUUGUAAGACCUGGAAAAGGGUUUUUCGGACACUUGGAGGAUACGUCGACAAUGAUGGAUGUCGAUCUGCUGAGACCGGGAACUGUCCCCAUAUCUCCGGAUACUAUUCUCUGGUUCGAGUUCUUGCUGAAUCCUGGUCUACUCGAGAAACACAUCUCCAAGGCUUUCCCAGAUCCAUCGCCAACUGACUUGAUGAUAAAAUUCAUGUCAAUAAAUCUUGACCAAAAGGACAAUGAAGUCAAGAUAAUCGACCCCGAGCAACUGGAAAAUGGGACAGUGACGAGAAAGUGGUCCUACAAGAGUGUAGCUCUGAAAAUUUUAUCUCUGAAGGUGGCAGCCUACCUGAAAUGGGACUUGGAUAUUCUCGAGAAGAAAUUGCCACUCCCAAUGCAGUUGACAUUUCUGCAGGACCUGUUUUAUGUGACUGGAGACAUUAUGGUGGACAUUCCGAGCUUAUUGGAAUUCCCUCUGGAGUCCAUCAACGAUCAGCUGUUAUUCACUAUUGUUCUGUACCACAGGUGGACCUUGAGAACUAUAGUCAAUAGAGCCUUGAAUAGUAAACAGCAUAAGGCCCAUUUAGUUCACCUUCCUGGAAUUCAAGAGCCUUCCUUUUUCUACAUCGGGGUCCCCCCAGCUCUCAUAGAUGACAUAAUGAGAAAAGUCGAGAUGCAAGUGCCCUACAGUCUCGAGGUGCUCAAUGCAGUCCUUCAGAUGAAGAAUCUCAGUCCAAAAGUCCUGACCUUCGACACCUUCCAGAUGCUCACAGAGGACACGACCGAGAUAAAACAAAAUUGGGAGAGGAUGAGGAGCAUCUCUCCGGAGGAGUUCAAGUGCCAAAUUCACUACGAUCUGGCCACGUUCCACCUACUCCGAGAGGAGUACUCAGUAGCCAAAUACCACGUCUCCCUGGCGAAGGAGCUUUUCGAUACACUCACCACGAGGGAGACUCGGCUCUACUGCAGGGUCUUGAAGGAGAACCUCGAGGGUUACUGCCACGCCACCAAUGUUAGAAUUCCUGGGGUGAGCCAAGGACUGACCCAGCAAUUUCAUGCGUCUAUCAAAGACCAGUAUCGGAAUAUCGUGGAAAUCCUCGAGGAGGACAACACACGCCGACAGAUUCCCAUGGUGUACAGGGAUAAUCUAGAGCUUGAUAUCCAGGGGGGACUCAUCAAUCGGAAGAUCGUAGUGUCCAAGGAGUUACUCAUGAAGAUUCAGUGUCUGAAUCUUGUUAGGAAGGUAUUAGAUGGUGAAGUAGUUCAUAACAACUUCCUCACGGAGUUGAAAUCAUCAGACUCGAAAGGUCUGGAAGUUCUCUUAGGCUCAUUCGAAUCAGUGCUGGAGAGUUCCACCCCCAAAGAUAAGAAGCGAAUUUCUCGGUACAUGCUGUACCUGGUGAUGAUGUCAAGUAUUCCGGACCUGGCAAAACGCCUGCUGUCGAGUGAGAAAUACCGAGCCCUCUUUACCCCAGAGGAGCUCACAGAAAUAUCAAGAGAAGCCUCAGAAGAGGACGUGGAGCUGCCCCCUCUUCUGCUGAAUGACGACUGGGGUGUGUCCCUGGUGACGUACACCCAGAGCCCAAGAUUCCAGAUGGCAGAGCUAGAGCGCCAGUUGACGCUGUCCUACGAUCCCAACGAAAUCCGAGGGAUUCUGUUAGCUCUUGAUGGUAAAAAUCCCACGAGCCCCCCUUGGAGGGUAAGCAGCAGAUGGGAACUGCCAAUUCCUUUGCAGAGUGUAGUGAUGGCACUCCCCAGGUCCCUCCACCAGGAUUUCGCCUAUAUCCUCCUGGCGAAAAGCCGAGAGCUGGUGGCCUCCAAGGAUUUUACAGGCGCCAAAUUACUGCUGACUGCUCUCGAAGAAGACACCAAGAGGGAAAAGAAUUCCCAGAUCCCAGUGAAUCCUAUGUACAAGCUGCUGAAGCUCAUCAGCUGGGAGUACAUACUGGUAGACAUUUGGAGUUACACGAAUGAUGUACCUCCGGGGCAGCUAACAGAAAGAGAGACCACGAAGCUCGUGGAGGACUGCAAGCAGUGCCUGGGCAGUCUCCAAGCCACUGACCAGGUGAUCCCCAGGCAGGAGGUCAUCGAGUACUGCACUGUCUUCCUCCUGAAUAUGGGUGAGUGGGACUACCUGAUAAACCUGGAGAAAAGGUGGAGUCACUGUGAGUUCUCGUCUGCUAUUAGUAUCGUCUGUCAGGACGUUGUGAAAUUCAAGGGAUCCAAGAAGUUCUCCAGGGAGGCCUGGGACAUGAUUCUUCUUGGGUUUGGUCCCAAUAGGGAUCAGCCACUCAAAAGAUCCAGUUCUGGGGCUGCGGCCGGUGGCAGCUUGAACAAGGACCUCCUAGCCAGUAUAUCAGGCACUCUAGCUAGGCUCAGGGAGCCAACUGCCCUGAACAUCGUCAUUUCCCUUCUGGCGAGGCUCCACAAUGUCCUCAGGGACGAACCCAGUCUCGAACUUUACACUCAGUACCUGACACUCUGGCCUGCAAGCAUUCCCAACUCAAAUUCUUAUAAUAUCAGGACUAUUGCUGAGUUCUUGUUUCAACUGCUGACUCAGGCACUAAAGUUUUAUCCCACUAAUGUAUCGUGGCUGAGGGUCAUGGGAGAUCUCAACUUCGUGCUGGGAUACUACGAGUCAGCGAUAAAAUAUUAUCUAGAGGCUAUCAUGGUAUCCAGUGAUCUCUUCAGUCAACAAGUACCUCGGCCCCUGCAGUCUGUCUACUGGCGGAUGAUCAAGUGUUGUGCACACCUACAAUGCUACACUCAAGCCACUGUUUUAUGCCAAUUUCUCGAAGAUGUUAAUUACUCCUUGGCAUUCGCCAUGGCCUCCAGCGACCAGAAGAGCUGCGCCACAGCUGAUGCCAUGGACGCCUAUUACCACUGCAUUUGGGAUGUCACCAUAUUGGAGUUUCUUAUACACCUCCACUCCAAAAGGGGAGAGCACCACCGAAAGCAAUUAGCUAUUAAGAUAAUUGGACUGUUGGAGCUUAAUUCUAAUAAUAAUGAGGAGAUACAAAGGGAGGCUGCGAAUAUUCGGAAAACCAGGUUCUUGAGGGCUCUGGCUAAACAGUACGUUUGUUAAAAAUUAUUCAGCUUCUCGAUAGUGAAAUUAAUUGAAUAUUUGUACAUUGAGUU